UAGUGCCUGUCUAUGACACAGAAGGGGGUUUCCCUAUGACGUCUGUUUAUUUACUUUCUAAAAGUUUGCAACGUAGUAGGAAAAAGAUGGUUAAGAAAAAAACGCAGGAUUCGAAAUGUAUGAAAUAUGUCAAAACGGCUUGUCUAUGUCUUGCUUUCUUAUGUUUGGGCUUAAUCAUAGCUCUACCUGGACCUGCAUUGCCCACCCUAGCGUACAAUCUUGGUGUUGAUAUAAAACCCAUCUCCGUCAUAUUUACUGCAAGGGCGAUUGGUUACUUGUCUGGCUCAAUUAUAAGUGGAUUUCUACACGGCAAACUCGAUGCUUAUAAAAUGAUUGGUUUUUCUCUUCUUCUCACGUCCGCUGGGUUUGCUGGAGCUCCAUUCUUCCCAUCUGUUGUUCUUCUUGCAAUCGCUAUGUCUACUAUGGGCGUGUCCAUGGGGUUUUUAGAUACAGGUGGGAAUGUUCUAUGUCUUGAGAUAUGGGGAGAUGAUUCAGGUCCCUACAUGCAGUCUCUCCACUUCUCCUUUGCAUUGGGUGCUACUACAGCUCCUUUACUUGCCCAGCCAUUUAUAAUGGAAGUUAUACAUAACAAUGAUACAACAAAGAACAUGACGAGUGUCACUCAAAGUUAUAACUUCACACCAGCAACAGAAACCCCACCCACCCUACCUACCCCAGACAGUGGUAUACCUCACGUAGCAUGGGCGUUCAUUAUUUGUGCCAUAAUGACCUUGAUCAUGGCUCUGUCAUUUCUAUACCUUUCAUUCUCAAAUAAAACGCAUUCAGUUUCAAGCCAGGAGGAUACAGUUAAACAAGAAGGGGUAAUGUUCAGAUUAAAAAUGUUGGUUCUGCUGUUUCUAUUCUUCCUUGUCUACGUUGGUAUUGAAGUCACGUUUGGUGUUUAUGUUUACACAUUUGCAAUUAACUCAGACAAGCAAUAUUCUAAGGAUUCUGCAACCAUGAUAAAUUCAUUGUUCUGGGGGGCUUUUGCAUUGGGAAGAUUCAUCUCAAUCUUUGUGUCCAAAGUGUUGAAGCCUUUAGGUCUUAUCUCCAUUGAUCUAGUUGGCACUUUCAUAGCUGCCGUAAUAUUAGUUUGCUUCCCGUAUUAUUACGACACGGCUGAUGCUUUGUUGUGGGUGGGAACUUUUAUUUAUGGGAUUUCUAUGGCCAGCAUAUUUCCUUCUGGUUUGUCGUAUGCAGAACAAUAUAUUACGAUAAACGGAAAAGCAGCGGCCUCGUUAGUGGUCGGUGGUGCGCUCGGUGAGAUGCUACUCCCUCUAACGGUGGGACAACUCAUCGAGAAACAUCCAAUGAACCUUAUGUACUCGGUAGCGAUAUGUAUGGUCACAACAACCAUCAUAUUUAUAUCGCUGCAUUGGCUUGCCUCAAAGAGGGGAAAGAGAUUGAAUGAAAAUAGGAAAAACGAAGAAGAAGCUUACUGUUCUGAAGAAUUAGAAGAACUAACAGAAAAUUCAAAUAUAAAGGAAGAAAAAUGUUAAAUUAUUUCAAGAUUACUAUGUUGUAUUCAUGUUUUUUUUGGUUUACUGAUUAAAAAAUAGGGUAAUGGGCUCUAGCCCACAUUCAAGGUCCUCUCAUGUGCCUCGCUGUAGGACCUUAUCCAAUACUAAUCUGAAAUGAUUUGGAAUAAUUAAGGUUAUGUUUUAUCCAGUGUAAAAGUUCUUUUUUUAAUUUGUGUUUAACAUACUGAUUAUAUUAUACAGAUUUUAUGUUUUUCAUACGCAUUCAGAAAUAUUGCCACCCUAGUUCAAUCUAUAAUUUACACUAAACUGCUAAUAUUCUUUUACGUUUUUUAUCCAAGAUUGCAGUUUGUUCAAAUCUGAAUAUUUUUUAUACUAAUUCACUUCGAUAUUUAUUAUUAUAUACACGUCUCUGAGUAGCGGUACUGUGGGUAAUUUAUUUUAAGAUUUAAUAACGCAAGCAAAAAUGAAUAUAUCAAUGCAUUUCAAAAUGUUUCGUGCAAACAUGUUGUUGAAAUUUGAAAUUCAUCGAAUACAGAGUACUCCCCUAAAACAAUACGCUACUAAAAUGUCUAUGAAAUUUCCCGCCGAGCAUUUGAAUUUUGUCUAAAACUAUUUUUUAUCCGAAUUUAAGAAAGUUGCAAUGUUUUUUGUGUAAUUAGUAAUUACUGUUUUAAAAACAAAUUUAAUCUAGAAAUAUCAUACUUUUUGGUCAAA